AUGAGGGCGCGCCAUGAAUCCAACCGAGGAGAGAGGAAAAGCCAUGUCUUUUCUUUGCCAUCGAUGCCCCUUCUUACCGACUGCUCCCACGUCCUCCUACACUUGCACCGCUACCCUCCCGUUGUUGAUAUACAGGCGAACAUGGGAAUUCAAGCCUAUUUCCGCGGUGGAAAUCUCGCGGACGCUAUCGAAUACCAGUUACUUACUCCACAGAGAGGUGGUGAUUCGUGGCAGGGUGAACACCACCAACCACAACUGGAACUACGAGUACCGGGAGCGCAUAAAGGGUUGGUCUACUUUUGGUUCACUGCCGUGUGUGGUACAACGUUGAUUGUGGCGCCUUUCUUCUUGCUGGCUUCCGUCAUACUGCCGAAGACUCUCGAUGCCUACGAGACCUCACGCUUCGCGUUCGCCGACCGGUUCGAGCAGAAUGGAAACUCGACAUCUAAUGUCGCAGUAUGGCUCGCGGAAUUAUCACCUCUCGUCUUUCCCGUAAUGUGCCAUUCUCACAAUGACUAUUGGCGACUUCACCCUCUAUUUUCAGCGCUUGCUGUGGGCUGCGCGAGUACAGAAGCAGACGUAUGGCUCAGCCCAGAUGGAAAGGACCUCUUAGUCGGUCAUGAUCGACAAUCCCUUUCCUCGAGCAGAACACUCCGCUCCCUGUAUCUCGACCCCCUGUUACAAAUCUUGAAUUCGAUGAAUCCGUUAGUGUUACAGGAGGGCUUGAACUCCACAGCCCAAGCUCGUGGUGUCUUCGCGAUCCAGCCGAAUACGACAUUAAUACUGUUCGUAGACGUGAAGGAUGACCCGGUGAGCACUUGGCCUUUGGUUCUAGAGCAGCUAGGACCUCUACGUGACAGGAAAUACUUGGCUCGACACGAGAAAAUGCACACUAUGACCACGAACCAGUCAUUCUGGCCUGGACCUGUAACUAUUGUGGGAACGGGAAAUAUCCUCAAGCGGCGCGACAUCAACAUGGGUGCAGACCCAGAAAAAUGGCAGCAGUACCACGAUGUCUUUCUUGAUGCACCUCUGGACUUGCUCACCGAAACCGGAUUCAGCCCUAGCAGCGACUUUUCCUGUCACGAUGAAUCAGAAAACGAGUUCUACACCGCCUCAGCGUCCUUUAAAAAGACCAUUAGAGGUGUUCGGGCGGGCUUUAACAAACACCAGCUUAUAACUCUGCGAGACCAGAUCCAAAUCGCCAGACAACGAAACCUGAAGUCAAGAUAUUGGGGCUUGCCCUGUUGGCCGAUAUCUUAUAGAGACUACGUGUGGAGGAUACUUACUCGAGAGGGUAUCGAUUUGUUGAAUGCGGACAACGUGGUUAGCGCAGCGAUGAAACAUUGGGACUCGGAUUACACAAGGGAAGCUGUCUGGAUAUGUAUAACGACAUCAUAUCUAUUUGUUUGCUCCAUCGGUCUGAUCUGGUAUACGAGACGAUUCACAGAUCAACAAGUAUCUAUUAGAUAG